CGGUGUAGAUUAUUUCACGCACACUCCUGAGACGGUGAAUUCUCAACACGAAAGGCAGACCGAGGAACAAAACCCAGUUAAACCACAGCGAUAAUGUUCAAACUUGAAGGACUCGGCCCUAAAAUGGACCCAGAGGAGAUGAAGAGGAAAAUGCGACAAGAUGUCGUCUCAUCUUUACGAAACUUUCUUCUUUACGUCGUCCUUCUCAGAGCCACCCCAUAUGUUUUAAAGAAGCUGGACAGCAUAUGAGCAGAGCAUCAAGUCUCAUCCACUGAGCGCUUACUCCACCAGACAGUAUGGAUCAUCAGCAGCAGACAACUGGGGCCAUUGCAGCUAAUUGUGUUGGAGACAACCAGUGUCUGUCCAUCACUGCACCCGAGGAAACACCUUUGUUCUCAUGUCCCCUGUCUUAUUCCUUUUUGUAAACUUUAGUCUGUCUUUCUUGUUAAACGUUGUCAUUAUUGUUAAAUGCAAAGUUUGAGAGCGAGUGUGCCUGCCGUGUUCGCACGUUAAAAGGAAACCAUGUUUAUUUUGUCUGUCUUUGAACGUACACUGUCAAACUGCAUUACACAUGUACACUGUUGAGGCGAACAUUUUCAUGAAUGAAUUUCAAAUCUUAAUGUAAUCACUGAAAAUAAAAAUGGUGACCAAGAAAG